CUCUCUUCUUCCGCCGUGGACUCAUCGUCUCCAACGCCACACGACACGACGCGACGCGACGCGACGCGAGAAAAAGUCAAAAGCAGCAGCAGCGGCGGAGCAACCAAGCCUACCUCCACCAAAAUCUUCUCCCCCCCUCUCCUCUCCUCUCCACCCGCCGGUGACCCGAGCCCCCCCACCGCCUCACGCCGCCGCCGCCGCCGCCGCGGGGAGUUCCAUUCCACCGGGUCGCCUUCCGGCCGUCUCCUGCAGAGAGGUUCAUGAGGGGCUCGAGGAUGAAUCCAGGUGACCGUAGAACGCGGAGCACGAUGUCCAUCGUAAUUGUGAUGAGUUUGUGCUGCUUCUUUUAUAUACUAGGAGCUUGGCAGAAAAGUGGGACCGGAAGGGGGGAUAGUAUUGCAUUGAGGGUGACAAAAGAGACCGACUGUACAAUCUUGCCAAACUUGCACUUUGAGACCCAUCAUAGCUUAGGUGGUGUUAAUCCUUUGGUCAUGACCGAUAAAGUCUUUGAGCCAUGCCAUAUUCGAUACAGUGACUAUACUCCUUGUCAGGAUCAGAACCGAGCAAUGAACUUUCCUAGAGAAAAUAUGAACUACCGAGAGAGGCAUUGUCCUACAGAGACUAAGAAACUGCGCUGUCUAAUCCCAGCACCCAAAGGCUAUGUCACCCCUUUUCCUUGGCCCAAGAGCCGUGACUAUGUUCCAUAUGCAAAUGCACCAUAUAAGAAUUUGACAGUUGAGAAGGCUGUUCAGAACUGGGUCCAGUUUGAGGGAGAUGUGUUUAGAUUUCCAGGAGGGGGGACAAUGUUUCCCAAUGGAGCAAAUGCCUACAUUGAUGAGCUUGCAUCCGUCAUUCCAUUUACUGAUGGCACCAUUAGGACUGCACUUGAUACUGGAUGCGGGGUUGCCAGCUGGGGUGCUUACCUAAUGGACAGAAAUGUAUUAACCAUGUCAUUUGCACCUCGAGACUCACAUGAAGCUCAGGUUCAAUUUGCAUUGGAGCGAGGUGUUCCUGCAGUAAUUGGAGUGCUUGGAACUAUAAAACUACCAUACCCCUCUGGAUCUUUUGAUAUGGCCCAUUGCUCACGCUGCUUAAUCUCCUGGAAGUCAAAUGAUGCGAUGUACAUGUUUGAAGUAGAUCGGGUUCUGAGGCCUGGUGGCUAUUGGAUAUUGUCUGGUCCUCCCAUCAAUUGGAAGACAAAUCACCAAGCAUGGAAAAGAUCCAAGGAAGACUUAGAGGCAGAACAAAAUGUAAUCGAAAAAAUUGCUGAAAUGUUGUGCUGGGGUAAGAUUCAUGAGAAGGGAGAUACUGUUAUUUGGCGCAAAAAGGCAGAUUCAAAUGAAUGUCAUAAUAAGGAUGACCAUCCUAGCAAGAUGUGCAAAAUUCAAGAUGCAGAUGAUGUCUGGUAUAAGAAAAUGGAAGGUUGUAUAACACCUUUCCCGGAAGAAGCACAGCUACGGAAAUUCCCAGAGAGACUAUUUGCUGCCCCUCCCAGAAUUCUACAGGGUCGCACCCCAGGUGUUACAGAAGAAAUUUUUGAGGAGGAUAAUAAGUUGUGGAAGAAGUAUGUCAGUACUUACAAGAGGAUAAACAAGCUGAUAGGUUCUUUGAGGUAUAGGAAUAUUAUGGACAUGAACGCAGGGCUUGGAAGUUUUGCGGCAAUUAUUGAUUCUCCAAUAUCUUGGGUAAUGAAUGUUGUGCCCACAAUAUCUGAGAAGAACACUCUUGGUAUCAUUUACGAGCGAGGUCUUAUUGGCAUAUACCAUGAUUGGUGUGAAGCCUUCUCUACAUAUCCUAGGACAUACGACUUGAUACAUGCCAAUGGUCUCUUCAGCUUAUACCAGAAUAAGUGCAACAUGGAAGACAUUCUUCUGGAGAUGGAUAGGAUUUUACGUCCUGAGGGCGCAGUCAUACUGCGGGACAAUGUUGAGGUGCUGAACAAGGUUAGGAGGACAGUGAUGGGGAUGCGGUGGAAAUCCAAGUUGCUUGAUCAUGAAGAUGGGCCUCAUAUACCUGAGAAGAUUUUGGUUUCAGUGAAAAAGUAUUGGGUUGGCAAUGAAGAAGAAAACAGUUCAUAGAUACCCUUUUUUUAUGUUGUACCUGUUCAUAGAUCCGGUUCAUACUUCAUAGGUACAGGCCUCACCAUUCCCAAUCAAGAUGACAUACAGGUAGAGUAUUUUUUAUGUCCUGCAUAUUGGUUGUGCAUAUACAGAAGCAGGGCAUUAAGGGCAAACGUUGGUGAUUUGCCAACACAUUUUGUAGGUAAAGAGGAAGAUAGUUUGUGCUGAGAUGAACGUACCCAUUGUAUUACAGAUCCACACAGGAACAUUUUCCGAGUGAACAAGUGUUGCCCCAUGUAUUUUGUUUGUGCUGCUUGUACAACAUGGAACAUUAGCAGUACAUGUACAAGUAACAAGGAGACAAGGAGUUGUACACACCACAUAUCUACUAUCACCUACCUAGGUUUCUCCUCACCUACAGCUGAUAAGAUGUUGUUUGGUCACAGGGGCGACGCUACAGCCUGGUCACACAUAUGAUGGAUUAGAUAUAGUGUACUUUAGUGAAGUCGGUCAAGCCUCCGGGAUGGACCCGUAGAGGUAGCAACAAUUCUGAAUUCUGCUCGACGGAGUUUAUAA